AUAUUCAAGUGUAAUUUACAAAGUUUAAGUGUCGAGCAGGACUUUUCAGAAACAAUCUUUAGAAUAUAUUUUCAAGAAAUUAUUGGCGGGAAAACAUUGCAAUGACUCACCAAUGGCAAUGCUUAGAGGAGCUAGAUCAGAACAUAUUUGAUAAAAAGGAUCCAUUCAUUGUGGCUUUUGAUUGCUUCUCAGUAUUUUCUGACUCCAAAGGGAUUUUAAUAAUAUUUAGUCACGAAGAAAUUAUCAACAUUAAGCUUUCCAUCAGUAACGAGAGUGAUUGUCCUACAGUUAAAUAUUUAGGUUUAGCGAGAUUGAAAGGAAUUAUUGGUUCACAAGUCGUUAAAGAUAAAAGAAACUCGUUCCUGGUCACCAAAGAUAAAAAGAUUUUCAUGUUCCGGUCAUUUCGAAGAAUUCAUGAAUUGCCUGGUCAUUCAAAUGUCAAAUUUUUUGAAUGUUUUAACUCAAGUUGUUAUGUUGUUUUAGAGCAGAUCGACAUCAAUUUCAAAUUGAAACUUUUCUCAACAUUUGAAAGCGAACAAGACUCGAAAUGUUCCUGUUGUGAAUUUGAUCUUAGUUUUCCAAAAGGCUCUAUAACAGUAGAUGGAUCAAGAGAUAACGAACAUUUCGUUGUAGAAAUGAUUCAAAAUCCAUUUUCUAACAAAGCUAGGAAAUUUUUUACUGAGUUUCUUGCUUGUGAUCUUCAAAAUGAAUCGAUUCAUGAAAUUCUACUUAUUGCAAUUGAUGACAAACUAAUGUGGAUCAAAUACAAGAAUAGUUUUCAAGAAGGAGCAAUCGAAGGAUAUUCAAUUGAAAAUAUAACAUCGGCAAGAAACUGCAUUCUUGAUGUGAAAUUCAAUGGCGAAUAUCUUUUCAUCCUUGACAAACUUUCAAUUCUCACAGUUUUCUAUUUUUCUGUCAUCAACCAAAUGAUAAUGAAGAAAGAAAUUUAUCUUGAAGGAGAAGUUCAGUGUUUCCGGUUUUAUAAAAAUUACUUUAUUUAUUCAAAUCUCGAGAAAAUUGUUUUUAUGGAUUUUCGAUCAUCGUUCGAGCCAACAGUUCAAUGUGUUAAUCUUAAAGGAAUCGUUUGCUUCACAGUUGUUUCUGAAUUUGAUUUCUUAAUCGCCAUUUGCCAUAAUCGUUUAUUUUAUCAAGUGCCAAUUAAAUUAAGAAUUGCGAAGCAUGAAGAAGAAAAAGAAUUUGAGAUUCUUGUAGAUUCUGAUAUCGAAUCAAUUCCCAGUGUCGUAAGAUUUUUUGACAGUGAAGAAAGAAAUUUACUUUCGAUCGAACAGGAAAUCAAAGAGAAAGAAAAUUUACGAAUAUUUUUACAAAACAUUUCUGCCGAUCAGAAUUUUAAUGCCGGGGAGGCUGUUAUUAAAUUUCAUCAGAAUUUCCCAUCUGAACUGCCAGCCAAUAAUAUUUUGUGUAAAAUAACAAAUCAACCACUCUGUAGUGGGUUUAUUCAGAUAAUAAUUCAACUCUCGAAAAUGCUUGCAGCUACAACAUUUAAAAUCACCUUCUGUCGACAUUCAGCAUCUGGCGUCAUAACACGAAUAGUGAAAAUCGAGAAUUUCGACAGAAACAUUAACAUCCUCAUACCGGCAGAAGAAGGUGAUGAUGCUGCUAAUAGAAUGGAAUUGGAUUUAAUCUUUACUCAUGAUUUCAAAGGUCAAACAAGACUUAUGAGUUACCCAAUUAUCAUUAAACAAAUCAUUCCAUUUGAGAAGUCGAAAAUCAAACUUCGUAACGUACUCGAUGAAUGCAUUGAAGUCGCCAACAAAAUAAAAAUGUGAUAAAUUAUUGAAGUGAAAUAAAUAAUGCAAG